AUGGCUUGUGAUGAGCUGUUCAUUUCUUUUUCAGAUGCAUUUGGUGUUGAUACAGAUGGUGUUAAGAUCUGUACAGAUGAACAGUGUAAAGAGAGAUUCAGAGGCAGACUGAAGCUGGACAGUCACACAGGUGAUCUGACCAUCACAAACAUCAGAACCACAGAUGCUGGAGUUUAUAAACUACUGAUGAACAGCCGCAACAGUGACAGGAUCUUCAAUGUUGCUGUUAGUGGUGUUUCUGCUGCUGAACAAAAUGAAAUGAAGAGAAAGUCAGUGAAGGAGGGAGAAUCUGUUACUUUAGAUCCUGGUGUAAUAAAACCAAAUGACUUGAUGAGAUGGUAUUUUAAUGAUAUUCUCGUGGAUGAAAUCACUGGAGAUCAGAGUAAGAUCUGUACAGAUGAUCAGUGUAAAGAGAGUUUCAGAGACAGACUGAAGCUGGAUCAUCAGACUGGAUCACUGACCAUCAUGAACAUCACAAACACAGACUCUGGAGAUUAUAAACUACUGAUCAUCAACAGCAGAUUCAGCAUCAUUAGGAGCUUCAGUGUUAUUGUCACUUACGCUGAGGCAGCACAGGAUGACAAGAAUGCCAUCACUGUGAUGAAAAUUAUUGUCUGCACUUGA